CAUACUACAGGGUCUGUGCAACGACUGAAUUUCUCACAUAUAGUACCACUUGGUAUUUUUUUCUCAAAUAAUUUUUUUUUUACUCUUGUCCUCACAUACGUCAAUUUCCACCAAUAAAAUUUAACAAAAGUUACUAUAAAAGUAGUUAUGUCUAUCACGUUAUUUUGUCUUGUCAAAGGAAUUACUACCGCAAAUGCUUUUGCAGUUGAUAUUGAUAGUGGAAAGGCUGUCAGCCACCUCAAGGAGGCUAUAAAAGCGAAAAAACAUAAAACUUUUCAUGGUGUAGAGGCUGACGAACUCAGGCUAUGGAAGGUAGAAAUUGGUGGCGAUCACCUUGACGAUCCAUUGAAGAAUCUCAUACUCAAUGACAAUAACGAGCUGUCGGCAAUAAACGAAAUUGGAGACUACUGGUCCGAGAAGCCUCCCAGGAAGCAUAUUCACGUCUUAGUUGAACCACCCCAAUCAACUGCCACUUCAAGUCGUGAGCAGGAACUACUUGACGAACUCACCACAUUACGGGCAUUACUCAACAAGUCUGUCCAUGCGUUCGAUGUUGUCGUGAGUCCGAAACGAACGAAGAGCUUCAAGUGGACCGUGAAUAUCGAACACGCAACCCUCGAUGGCCUCAAAGAACACAUACGUGGAGUGCACAAGACACCAGCACUCGAGAAUGAUGGAGCGGAACUUAGCAUGUUAAAUGACAGUGGAAAAUUCUCUCCUCGAAAUGAUCAGGGCCUUCGUGAGAUGCUCCACAUAUUCGUAUCGAAGAACAAUCUCAAGUUCACCGUGUUCAUUGAGACGCCAUCAAAACCAUUUUCAGAUUGGUCGUUCCCGAAGGUGUGUCAGCUUUAUGGUCUUGGAGAAUCAGACGAUCCCUCAUUAUCAGUGUUCCCGCCUUUCACUUGCGAGUAUAAAGAACUGAAAGAGGAUUCUUCCAAGGCAAUACUUAAACAUCUUACUGCGGAGCUGAACGCUCGUCUCAAGGCUAUUCCAAUCAGUGGAAAUGAAGCAUCAAAAUCGCAAUAUGUUUGUUCUUACCUUGUUUCCGGGAUAAAUCUAUACGAGGGAAAGUUCGAGCUUCGACCAGAAAAAAACAUCACAGGACCCAAUGGUCACGGACCAGUUGAUUUCGCAAUAGACUUACUUCAAACUGCAAAAACUGUUGGUGUGACAGAAGUUAAGGACGAAGAUAUUUUCAAGGGCAUUGCUCAGAAUGCCGUACAGCUCGAG